AUGUCCUUUGGAAUCUCUAUCGGCGAUUUCAUCGCCGUCGGGAAAGUCAUCGCUGAUAUAUCGAGCAAUCUCCGAUCCUCUGGAGGAUCCAAGUCCGAAUACCAGGAGCUAGAGCGCGAGCUCGAGACCCUUCAACAAAUUCUUCAGCAGAUAGACCAGCUUCAGUCUACCCAUCCGAACCCGACGCUCGAUUCAGUUAAAUAUGCCGCACUCAGUUGUCGACAUACCUUGGAGCAGUUCCUCGACAAGGUGCAAAAGUAUGAUCACUCCCUAGGGGUAUGGUCGCAGCCAUCCAAAAUCCGCGGAGCGGUCGAUAAACUUCGCUGGGGCAUUGAGGAGAAGGAUGAGGUUCGCAAAUUGCAGGCGUAUCUAAACACGCACAACGCGAUGAUCAACACGCUUCUUCUGAAGCUUGGGCUUGAAAAUAUGAACGCUGGAUUUUCCAGUCUCAAGAUCAGCGGUGAUCGAAUCCAAGAGAUCACGGAGGAUACCCACCAAUCUGUUGUGUGCAUCGAACAAUCGGUCAAGAAGCAGGAAGGUCUGUUAGACAACUUUGGUCUUUCUCUGCCGAAGCUCAUCCGUGCGCUUGCCCAAGAUUUUGGGUCGUCGUGGGAAAAGCUUGCGCAGAUGCUCAGCCGACUAUGUGAAUCCACAGAGCAGAUAUACACAAUCCUUGUCCAAAUUAAGACGUGUACACCAGCCGUGAACACCCGAUGGACAUUCUUCCAGGACCCUGUCGUCGUCGAAGACGCUUUUGGUGUGAAGUUCCCAGUGCCGUCAGAAUAUGACGGUACAUUGCUCCAUGCGAUUAUCAGGCAUAGGUUUUCGAGAGGCUGCGAAAUACAAAACGUGACGGACGGAGGUUACUCAGUUUUCUACACCGAUGAUCCUUCCCGCUCUCUAUCUGCAAUCGACCAUCUAUUCCCUGGGUGUCGCAUUACUGUUGCAGCGUUUGUUGGAUACAAUGUCGCCUUGGGAACACCGGACUGCCCAAUAUGCGGCAGUUCGAAUCGGGCAGCCCUCCCAGCAGACGGCCCUCACGAAUGGUAA